ACUCCUAUACACGCAGAGACAAUCUGAAAAUCUAGCGGUCUAGCGUCCUCAAAGUCGCAAAGCCUAAACAGCUGUAGCUUACGCCAGUCGAAGUUCUUUUUAACAAUCGCCUUCUAAUGUUAAGCCAAGGUGUAGACGGCGAUGUUUCGGUGAGCAUCUGUUAGUCUUGAUUCUGCAGCAUUUUGCGUUUUAAAACAAGGAUCUCCUAGGACUGACCCCGCAACACAGUCCGUGUGUUGAGUCCGACUCCAGUGACAGAUGUAGAAACUGUGACAAAGUGAUUACUUCGUAGCUGAUAUCUCUGCGAAAGAUCCGGGGAGGCCUGACACCAUGGACGCCCCCUCCGUGAUGCUCCUCCUGCUGCUCAGCCUCCUCCGCCUUGGUCCCUCGGCGGCGGCGCCCAGCUGGGGAAGGACGCUGACUUCUGACUCCCCCACCAAAGCCUCCAAGCAUGGACCCCAUAUAACUGACUGUCUAUCCCGGGAGCAGGAGACUUUCAAGUGCUGGUGGUCGGCCGGAAGCUUCCAGAACCUCACAGAGCCUGGCGCCCUCAGGCUCUUCUACGCCAUGCCAAAGCAGUCGUCUAAAGAGCCUGAGUGGAGGGAGUGUCCGCAGUAUUCUUCCACCCGGCCGAAUGAGUGCCUCUUCCCCAAGAACUACACCCAUAUCUGGGUGGCCUACUACGUGGAGCUGCGCUCCGUGGAGCAGAACAUCACCUACGACCAAAUACACUUCACGGUCGAAACCAUCGUGAAACCGGACGCCCCUGUCCAUCUGAACUGGACCCUGCUAAACGUCAGUCGCUCAGGGCUCCACUUUGACAUCAUGGUGCAUUGGGAGCCGCCACCCUCGGCGGCCAUCGAUGUGGGCUGGAUGACCCUGGUCUACCAGGUCCAGUACCGUCAGGUCAACGCAUCGCACUGGGAAACGCUCGACCAGGAGAGUGGCACCCACCAGACUAUCUACGCCUUACAAACCGACAAGACAUAUGAAGUGCGCGUGCGCUGCAAAAUGCGGACCUAUGCAUUCGGGGAGUACAGUGACACCAUAACGGUGCACGUCGAUGAGAUACCUAGUAAAGAUGCAUCCUUCCCCAUGACACUGGUGAUGGUGUUCGGCGUGGUCGGCAUGGUGAUCCUGCUCAUGCUCAUCGUCUUCACUCAGCAGCAAAGGUUAAUGGUGAUCUUGCUACCUCCUGUUCCAGCACCUAAAAUUAAAGGCCUUGACUCUGACCUUUUGAAGAAAGGCAAACUGGACGACCUCAACUCCAUCAUGAGCAGCCAGCACAUGUACAAGUUCUACGACGAGCCGUGGGUGGAGUUCAUCGAGCUGGACGUGGACGAGCCCAACGACAAGGCCAGCAACUCGGACACGCAGCACCUGCUGGGCGGUCACGCUGGCCACGGCGGCUGCCUGGGCUCGUCGCACACGCUCAGCCUCAAGGACGACGACUCGGGCCGAGCCAGCUGCUACGACCCUGAGCUGCCCAUGGACGCCGAGGCCGUGCUGAUGGCCGCCCUGCUCCCCCGAACUGACCCGACCAAGGCCAGGGAGGGUAGCUGCGGUGGAGGAGACGAUCCGGUUCAGGUGAUGACCAGUUCGGGUUCCCCCACCCCCGGCGUCACGUCCGGCCCAGGUACCCCAGCCAUGGGCAGUUUAGCCGGCUCCCAGCAGACCCACCAGCAGUCCCAGGUCAGCUGCGGGCCGAACUGGGCCACCAUGGACUUCUACGCCCAGGUCAGCGACGUGACCCCUGCGGGCGGCGUGGUGCUCUCACCGGGCUCGCUCCUGACGCAGAGCACGACGUCAGAGAAGGAGGAGGAGAAGAAGAAUAGCCAGGACGAGAAGGCCAAUGAGAAAGGGCAGGCCGGGGAGAGGAUCGAAGAGGGCAAGGAGAAAACGAUGACCAAGAAGAGGAAGGACGAGGAGGACGUGCUCAAGUUCCAGCUGCUGGUGGUCAACCCAGAGGGCGGUUACGCCACAGAGUGCGUCGCCUGGCAGGUCAGUGGUGAAGCCCCGCCAGGGAUGACGCCUGGCUCCUACACGGUCACACCACACCCUCCACCACCCCCUGCUCCUCUGGACAAGGAACCGGCCGGAGGGCCUCAGAGGGACCCGACCACGUGUCCGGCCUCUCCAUCCACCCCCGGGGACUACCAGAGCCCCUACCUGCUCCCCGACACCAACCCAGCAGUGCUGACCAUGGCCCCCUUGUCCGACUACACGGUGGUCCAGGACGUGGACUCCCAACACAGCCUGCUGCUCAACGCCUCCGAACCACAGCCCGCGCCGAACUCCGGCAAACACCUCCCCGCCAUGCCGGUCAUGCCCAUGGGCUACCUGAGUCCAGACCUGCUGGGUAACCUCAUGCCCUGAGCUCCUGGUGUGCGUGGGAAAGGGAGGGGAGGAAGCCACACACUGGGCCGCAGGCAGUCUCAAUCUACCUUAAUAUUGCUUCAAACCAAAGUCGCAAAAGAUCGGUGGGACAGUGACAUGAAAGGUCUCGGAGAGUUGCGGGAAUGUCAUUUUGGAGCGAGUGCUGGAGGAAAGUACGGGAUAGAGAGAGAGAGAGAGAGAGGUAGAUGUUUUGUCUGGCUGAAUGGGAUAUGGUGGUGCUCAAGUCAUGGCUCAUGUCGGUAAACAUAUUUGACUGUCAAAUUUGAUGCCUGGGAAAAUCGACACCCCAGUUCCACUAAAUCCAGAAAGUGCAAAGUGUGCGUGCAGACACAGUGUACACACCAACACAGGUACACAUGGCAAAGUCCAGACGGACGGCAAACGUACAAAUUGCCAAAGUGUCCUUUAGUAGACACAAAGGGCAUCGAUGGUUUGUCAUUCAAAGAGAUGGUGACACAGCCUCUCAAUGAAAAUUAGAAGAUAAAUGAGGAUUUCAUUCACAUAUCCAGUCCAUCAAUAGUAAUAGAUAGCAGAGUUUCAGUCUGCCUGGUAACAACAUGGAGAAUCUGACAACACUAGUUACGCCCAUCAUUAUGGGAUGGAUCUGUGAAACUGGACUUCACAAUAGAGAACAUACAAACAAAAAACAUGCCCCACACAGGACCUUAUGCAUAAAUACAUCAAGUGCCGAUUGCACAUUGGUGUUCCUCUCAGAAAUAAAGGAAUACAGCUAUGGAGUUUGCAAAGAGGAAGCCAAAAUGAACAUGUUUUCUUAAUUAAGCUAAUGGUCUGGCAAGAAAUUGAUGGCUACAUUGCUAUUGAAUGUCUGUUCCUUGUUACACUAAUGUGCUAUGAGGAUUGAAAAUCCAAAUCAUAUUUUUCAACAUGUGAAAAAUGUUCAUGUUCAGUAUUACCAUAUAAUGCAUAAAUGAUUGUUUUUAUAUACCGAAACUUAGUGUCUUAAUCGGAAGAGAAUGUCAUGGUAAUGCUAUGGCCUUUGUGCAAACUGACAUUUGGGACUUUGUCACAGAGCAAGCACAAACAUCAUUUGUGUGGAUGCACUUUUGAGCAAAUGGCAGUAGUUAGUGUUUGAAAAUACAAAAGAGCGAUUAGUAGAGUUGCCCUUUGGUCAGAUUUUAGGACUGUAAAACUAAAAUGGUAAGAGUGACAUUUUUAUAUAUAUAUAAAAAAAUGCAACUGUAUCUGCUUUGCCCCCUUUUGUAGCAUACAAAGCCAGUUUAUCUGUGAACAUACACAUACUUAUUCCAAUUACACAGCUAUGAUUAUUAGCAUGUCCUGAAAUGUUUUUUAAAUGGGAAGUUUAGCAUAAACCUACACUAUACUUGUAAGGAAGAUCUAACUGGAAGUUGUGCCAAUGUGUUAUGUUUUAUAUGAUUUGUUUGACAUUUAUUUUCUACCUGUGUUUUAUGAAUAUUAUAUUUUUCCCGCCAUGCUAAGAGAGAGAGAGAGAGAGAGAGAGAGAGAGCUCUUUUAAUGUGUCUUGCAUCUGACACUUUGUCUUGUAACCGUAUCUUCGAUCCUGCACCUGGAUUAUUCUUGGAUGUGCGUGAUAAAACUGUGCUGUUGCAUCUGACAUAAAGCUACAAUAUGUGCACAAAUACAAAGACCCAAUGCAUGCAAUAAAUGGAAAGAUACAAAUGCUAUACAUAUGAUCCGAUCACAGUUACAUGCAGCACUGUGUUUAGUGGUGUAUUUGUACAUGCAAACUAAAAAUGGAGUUUAGGUUAUAGUCUAAAAGUGAAACUUUCUUCUAAAAGGAAAACUGCUAGCAGAUAGCUGAAAAUGAAGAGGUUGUUUGUAGAUAUGAAGUUUGUACACACAAAAAAUAAGCUAGCAAGAGUAUAACAGUAUUGGAAGUAAGUGAAGUAAGGUUAGGUACAAUGUUUGUGGGUUUACAUUCUAUUAUCUCCUGUAUUCAAAUAUAGGCAGUACAUGUAGAAUUAUUUUAUGGCUGUAAAUAUACAACACAAGCAUGAUGAGCAAUGUGCCAUGCUAUGUACUACAUGCUAAACAAACUUGCCUUACUGGUGUACUUCAAGCCUGAAACGAACUGCUGCUUUUACUGCUGAUCAAACCAGCAUGUCAAUGUCAAAACAGAUGUCUUAAUGAAUCAUUAUUUCAUGCGUAGCCGAGCACUAUUUGCCUGGCUGUGCGUUUGAUGUGUCUUUCUGUAUACUUCUGCACUUCUGCUCAUAUCACUCUUGCCUGUGUUUAUCGUCUCUGUUGUGUAGAUGCCUUUACUGUACAUAAAAUAUAUGAAGGAAAAAAAAAAAAAAAUAUAUAUAUAUAUAUAUAUAUAUAUCUAAAUGUCUAGAGGAAAUAAUAACAUUUAGAAUUAAGUCUUGUUUACAUGUUAGAAGAGGAUCAGAUUUACUGGCCAUGUGGAAGGGACACAUGGGAAUAUAGUGAUUGUAUCCAUAUAGUGUAAACAUCCGACCACUGCAGUCAUGUAUAAGAGUACACUACGAUAUUUUCUAAACAGCAUUUUGGAGAGUCCUGAGUCAUUUGUCAUUUACGUGCCAUUUACCUUUAAAGACUGUGACGCAGGAGCAGCUUUUAAAGCCUGAAACAAAAUAUAUAUUUGUAGCUUUCCUAUCUUCAGUGUUUUACUCCUCUUUUUGAUGCAAGAGUACCAGCGUCUGUGAUAUGUCACCUGUCAUAUUGAAGGAAGAAUGUGCCAAUGAAAAAUGUAGUUAUAUAAUGAAUAUAUUUUACAUCAGCAAAUGGUCUGGAAUAAACAUGUUUAGAAUAACCCUC